AUCAAACAGCACACUCAACACUGUAGUAGUUUCACUUCAGAGUUCCAUCCAGCCCGAGGGAACUUCCUUGUCUAAGGAGCUGCUACUACAAAGAAGAUUGCCAACAAAACAGAGAUUUCAACACUUGCGAAGCACAGAAGUCUAGGUGACAAGCAUUUCCACAAUCUUGGAAAAUUCUGGCUGCUUUAAGUUGCCUUAGAUCCAAUAUUGACUUUUUUUUUUUUGGAAAAAGCUAUGGCUUCACACAGUCUUAAGAGAAUGAGGGAUGUUGCCACCUGCGCUAUCUGCCUGAAACUGAUGACAGAGCCCAUGAUCAUCGACUGUGGGCACAGCUACUGCCGCAUGUGCAUAGAGGGUAUCACUGAGAACAAACCAGUGACAUUGUCACAAAGGACAUAUUUCUGCCCACAGUGUCAAACACAAGUUAAUAAUGGAAGCUUGAGAUCCAACAAGCAACUGCAAAGCCUCAUUGAAACUAUUAAAGAAAUGAGUCUUGAAGAUUUGUGUGAGGAACAUGGAGAACAGCUCCGCCUAUUCUGUGAGGACGAUGGCCAGCUCAUCUGCUGGUACUGUGAGCGGUCACCACAGCACAAAACACACACCACUCUUCUUGCUAGCGAUGCCUGCCUUGUCUAUAAGAAAAAGAUUCAGGAAACUGUGGAAAAACUGAAGGAAAUGGAAAAUAAAUGCAACAGUAUGGAAACAUCGACAAAUAACCAUACAUUUGAAUAUAUGUGGAAAUUUGGGAAGCAGAAAAUGAAAAUACAGUCUGAAUUUACGAAUCUUAAAAAUUUCCUGCAUGAGGAAGAGAAGUGUCAUUUGUGGAGACUGGAGGGAGAAAGGGAGAAAGUUCUGAAGAGACUUCAGGAAGGUAAAGCAAGUCUGGAAAAGCAGAGUCAGGAUCUCCAGACCCACAUCCUACAGCUAGAGGAGAAAUGUCAGGCCCCCGCCGAGAUGCUGCUUCAGGACGUGAAAGACAUCUUGAACAGGAGUUCUACUGUGACACUGGAAUUGCCAAAGAGUGUUUCUUUGAGUCUCGAUAAGACCUGCAAUGUUUCUGAGCUUUACUUUGAUGUGAAGAAAAUAACAAAGAGCAAUCAAGGAUUUGGUACAUCUUUCUCAUCAUUGAAUUCGGGAGCCUCAGCCUUCAAACUUGGAAUCCCAUCAUUUUCUUCUGGGUCCACACUCAAGACUGCAUUAAAUACUGAAAACUUUAAAUCUGGAGAUCAGGGAGGCUUCAAAGUAGGUGUAUCAACAAAUUUUGGGGCUAUAAAGCCCAUGAAUUUCAACUUUUCUAAAUCAAUGGAAGACUUUAAAUUUGGAAUUUCAUGUGAUUCUAAAUCUGAAGAAGCUAAAGACAGUCAAACCAGUGAUAAUUCUAAGUUUGGACUUUUUACUUCUUUAAGCAAUCCAGCUUCUGUAAUGCCAUUUCAAUUUGGAACGCCUAAUCUUGGGCUGCAAGUAAAGAAAGAAGUACCGCCUAAACCAUCACCGGCAGGCUUCAGCUUAGGUGCAACUACUGCUAAUACCACAGUGACUUCUGAUAAGAGCAAGUUCAGCUCUGGAACCCUGGAAAACAAGAGUGAUUUGAAGAGCAAGUUGAGCUUUGGAACCCUGGAAAGCAAGAGUGACUCGGGAUCUCCUUUCACAUGGAAGAUGCCAGAUGCUAAAAAAGAAUUACCAGGUGCCAAAGCAGGGUUCACUUCUGGCAACACAGUACCUACCUCUCUGCCAUCUGCCUCAUUGUUUGUUUUGGGAAGGACAGGAGCUAAACAACAAAAGCCUGUUACUUCUACUUCUCAGGUGUUUGGGAAGAAAACUGACAAUGAAGAGCCAAAGUGUCAACCAGUGUUUUCCUUUGGGAGUUCAGAGCAAACCAAAGAUGCGUCACCCUUCAGUUUCAGCACAGCAAAACCAUGUGGAAAGGAAAUGGAACAGUCAAGGAAGGCCACUUUCGCUUUUGGAGAUCAAACAGCUACUAUAGCUGGUGCAACAAAGCCAUCUUUCACGUUUUCAAACAGCAAUUCCUCUAAUUCAAGUCCAGCAGCUGCAUCCCCUGGAGGUGGUCUGUUUGGUGUCUCCGCCUCUUCUUCCCCUGUGCCAGGGGUGGCCUUUUCCUUCCCACAGGACAGCAACACUGCAGGCAGCUUUGCCUUUGGUAACUCUGGUGAAUCCAGGACAUCUCAACCUUCAUUGUUUUCUCAAGAAAGCAAACCAGGCUCAGAUUUGGGAUUUGGCUGCAGUAGAGCAAGCUCCAACUUUCUAACAACGCACAACAACAACAACGCACUCGGAGUAUUCAUUUUUGCUCCUCAGAAAGCGCCAGCAGCCUCAGUCCAGACUUCUGGCUCAGGAGCCUUUACCGUGAACCAGGCCCCAGCAGCAUUCACAAUGGGGUCAAAUGGGCAAAAUAUAUUCUCUUCCCGAACUCCAAUUUCUGGCUGCAAGAAAAGGACGAAUAUUAGAAGCAAGAAACAAAGGUCAUGAUGAUGUCAAACACUAUUUUUAGCAUCUGGUGCCCUCUCCCAUACUGGGUUCCAAUAUGUGGGGCUUAUUUGAAGCCAGAGCUGCAAAGACAUUUCUUUAAUUUGGACACUUUCCUCCUGUUUCUUUUGUUUCAGAAAUCCCACAUCUCUCUAUCUGUUUAAAAGAUUGUAGCAUCUGGUAACUGAUUUUUUUCAGCAAAACUGUUCUAUGAUCCAACAAAUUAUCCACUGAUUUGGCAUAGGCUAGCUGAGCCCAGGAAUAAACUCACUUUACCAGUGGUUUUGUAUAGAACCUCUUUGUACAUCUGUGUGCAUUGCCAUGUGUUUAUAAAAUGCCUGAUAACUGUCAUUUUAUCAGUGGAAUUCUGUAUAGAUUUGAGGAUGCUGAAAUGAAUAAUUUCUCUGCUGAGUUUGUGCUGGUGUACAUGUGGAGUGAGUUGGGUAUAUUGGAUACUAAAUUUUCUGUCAGACAAAGCCUAAUUACCAAAGAGUUCCCAGAUCUGGUUCUUUCUCCAUUUAGUAGUCACAUGCGCUUUCUGUAUUUUCAUUCUAUCACCUGUCUUACCUUUUUAUUAUUUUAUUAUCAAACUUGUGUAAAUUAAAAUUUUUAUCAUGAGAUAAAGUUGCAGACUUAUAAAUUUUCGUGAUUACGUUUCCAUGAAACAAUGUUCAAGUACUCACUCCUCCAUCAAGCCCAUUCUCCACCACUAAUGUUCCCAGUUCCCUCCCACCACCCCUACUCCUUCCCACCCCCUGCUUCUGUGUCAGAUCCAUUCCCUCUUUCUCUCUCCUCUUGGGUGUUAUGGUUUGCAAUAUAGGCACUAAGCAGCCAUCAUGUAAAUUCAGUUUUGUUUCUGUACAUUUUUGGUGUAACUAAUCUGUGAAUGUGAAAUUUUAAU